AGCUGUGUGACCUUUGACCUCAACAGGAAGUGAUCACAGCAGCUGGUAAACAAAGGUUGGAAUGUAACAGUUUGGAGUCGGCAAUCGAGAAGGCAAACAAGUGAUGAUCUGAGGAAGAGAAAUGGCCGAAGUAGGGAGAUAAUAGAUAGCCAUAAGAGUUAUGGUGCUACAAGAUACUCUAGAUAUGCCUGACCAGGUGAAGUUUGAGGCCACUGACCACGGCCACAGUGUCCUUGCUGGACUCAAGCACCUGCGUGACAAACAACAACUGUUUGAUGUUAUUCUGACUGCACAAAACCAGAAAUUUCCAGCUCACAGAGUUGUGCUUGCAUCAUGUUGCCAGUAUUUUCGGGCGAUGUUUACGGACGGGUUAAAGGAGUGUCAACAGAUGGAGAUUCAACUUAAUGGAGUAACGGCGACUGGCAUUCGCAACCUUAUUGACUUUGCCUACACGUCCAAGAUCCUUCUAAACUUUGAUAACAUUGAAGACAUCCUUCUGUCUGCGAACCAUAUCCAGAUGUUACCAGUGCUUCAAGCAUGUUCUGAUUUCUUGAGGGAUCAUCUCGGUAUAGAGAACUGUGUUAACAUGGCCAAUUGGGCAGACCUGUUUUCCCUGACAGAGUUGAAAGUUGACAUACUUAAAUUCAUUUGUAGGAACUUCUCAGCGGUCUCGUGUUCUUCAGAGUUUUUCCAAUUCCCAGUAUCACUCUUGGAAAAUGUAUUGUACUGUAACUAUCCCGUGGAUUGCUCCGAGGGUGAGCUACUUUCGUCGGUGCUAAUGUGGGUUUGUCAUAGGCCUGAUGUCCGGCUAGCCCAAGUCGGUCGUGGCCUGGAAGGCAUUAAAUGGGAAAACAUCUCCAGCCAGGAUUUGAAUAAGCUCUCUCAAAACAUCCACUUUGAGAAACUGGUGGAGAUUAGUGAUCAAAUGAAAUGUGCUUUAUCCAGAGAAUUUUCUGUUGAAGUUUCUUGCCUGCAAAGAUCAGGUCUUGUCAACACAAGAGGCUAUAAGAAAGCGCUUGUUUGUGUCGGGCGGGUUUAGUCCCAGAUGUGGAAUGACUAAUGAUUUGAGGUAUUGCCUAGUAGGAUCUCGGACUUGGAAAACACUCACACAGAUCCCUCAUGUUCAGCAGUGUAACUUUGGCCAUGUCGUCAUGAACAAUUGUCUUUAUGUUGUCGGCGGCUGUUUCAAUGACAACAUGCAGGAAAUCGUCCAUAACUAUGGUUUUAAAUACGACCCUGCAACCCACGCGUGGAGUUCUAUUUCUCCGAUGAGAUCUGAACGCUGUCGUUUUUUUCUAGCUGAGGUCAAAGGAAAACUUUAUGCAAUCGGUGGUGAUCCUUCAGCUAGUAACCCUCUUGCAGAGGAUGCGGCUCCGUGUGAGUGCUAUAAUCCUGAGGAAAACAGUUGGACUCCGAUCUUGUCAAUGCCGAUCAAUCGGUCACAGCAUGCUGGGGUGGCAGUUGGCGACUUCCUAUAUGUCUCAGGCGGACUACAAGACAUUGAAGAAGAAACUUUCUCUGACUUCUAUAAGUAUGAUACAAACUCCAACAUCUGGACCACUCUGCCCCCGAUGUUGAUGCCACGGGCAGACCACACACUAUUCGUAUAUAACGGUCUGAUACAUGUGAUUGGUGGAUGGUACGAGGAUCUGGCCAAUCAGCAGCGGCGUAUGGCAGCAAACAUAGACCGGUUCAUUGAAGAUGAGAAUCGGUGGGAGACUGUGGGCGUUGUUCCCCAUCCCCGUCUAUAUGCGACUUACUCCGUAGUUGAAGGCAGUGUCUCUGUCAUUGGUGGCUGGAUUAAUGGGGACUACAUGAGGAAGGCACAUACGAUUCAGACAUAUGAUCUAGUGACCGGAAACUGGACAGAGGAAGAUAGUAGACAGAUAGAGCUUUGGGAACAUAGUGUAUGUUCUAUGUACAUACCAGAUUGGGAUCACACCUAGAGAAUAAACGGUAACACCACCCGACUCAUUAUCGGAAACCCACUAAUCUCUCAAAGGUCCGAGCAGAGUCUCAUGGGUAAAACUCUGAUUAUGAGUCGGCUAACUGUGAUCUAUGUAAAUGCUGUUUAAUGUUUCGUUGAUAACAACAAAGAAAUUAACAUUCUGCGUCUAAAAUAUCCAAGCUAUAUGGUCGUUGAUCAUUUACCUUGAUUAUAUUGAUCACAUGUGAUCGUACCACCCUUGUUGCAUAUGACAGGAUGUCUUAUCAGUAUUUAGAAAAUAGCUUCAUGAGUUUGCCGGGUUUUUUCGCUCCACAAACUGCCAGGGUCAUUUUAAGGUAGAGUCUCCUUGUAGUAGUUGGUGACUACCUCACAUAACUACCUCACUGAACAACAUACCGGAGGACAAUCUGAUUUCCCAUGAUGCCGUUCAUUGAAACAGGGUUUCCUAGGAUUUCCAUGGCCAGGAUACUUUUCAUAUAGACAGGGUUUCUCAGAAUUUUAUUCUUUUAGAGGGUUUUCUCAUGAUACUCUUCUUUUAAACAGGGUUUCUCAUUCAUUUAGACAGGGUUUCCCAUGGUCAGGAUACUUUUCUUUUAAAUAGUGCUUCCCAUGAUGCCAUUCAUUUAGAUGGGGAUUCCCAGGAUUAUAUUCUUUUAGAUGGAUUUUCCUUGGAAACUUUUAUUUUAUACAGGGUUUCAAAUCCUGCUAUUAAUGUAAACCAGGUUUCCAAGAAUUCUUCUUUUGGAUAGGGGUUCACAGAAAGCUAUUCUUUUAGAUGGGGUGCCCAGGAUUCCUUUCUUUUAAAUGGGUUGUCAACAAUACUUUCCUUUUAGAUGGGGUUUCCCUGCAGGAUUAUUUUCUUUUAAAUGGAUUUCAACAAUACUUUCCUUUUAGAUGGGGUUUCCCGGAUUCUUUUCUUUUAGAUGGGGUUUCCAAUUAUGCCAUUUAAUUAGAUGGGUGUUUUCCCAGAAUUGUUUUCUUUUUACAUGGGGUUUCCCGGGAUAUUUUAUUUUUAGAUGGGGUUUCCCAGGAUAUUUUAUUUUAAGAUGGGGUUUCCCGGGAUAUUUUAUUUUUAGAUGGGAUUUCCCAGAAAUUUCCUUCAGACUGGGUUUCCCACGAUUCUUUUGGCUCCCAUGCAGAUUCUUUUAUUUUAGAUUGAGUUUUCCAGGAUACCAUUCUUGGGGUUUCCAGCCCCUGAGGUCACUUUUCAAGUGAAUAUUUAGGAUUUUGUAUGAAGGUUUUUUCCACUUACGUAAAAAAAGAUCAGAUUGAUAUGUAAAUUAAUACGACAGAUUUUUAACAGGACAUAAGAUUUUAAAUGAUGCUUCAAACCAAUCAAUUCAACAGGACGAUGUAAACCUGUAUGCCUAUAAUAUAUAAUAUGAAUAUUUUGCAUGAAUCUGUUUUCCUAUGUGCAUGAAAUAAUAAUGAAGUAUUUAACUUGAAUUUUCCAUAUGAUUUUUAUCAUGGUGUUUCGAGUCUAUUAAAUGAAAAUUAUCAUCGUAGCUACACAGACCUAUAUAUACCAUGUAAGUUUCUGUACAUGUAGGAGUCCCAGACCCUGCAGAACUUCGUAGGACGUACAGCAGUUUUAAUGUUGUACAAUGCAAGAUGUUUGCUCUUUAAUCAAUGAGCCUUUAUUAUAAAUGUUUCUGAAAUGAGUACAUCAUAAUAAACCGUGAAAAACUACUGUACCAUCACUAAAAUGUAACUGAAUUUAACUACAAAAUGGAAAUUGCAUCUGAAAUUCUUAGAUAAUGAUCAAAAAUAGUAAUUAAGAUUAAACAUUUUAUUCACAAUUAGGUGAGGUAUGAGGAAAUAUGUCUGAUCUGUGAUGUAUAUAACUCAAUUGUUGAAUUCCAACAUUAAAAUCUAGAAUUU